GGGAAAAGAGAGGAGAGGCAGAAUUAGCCAAGGCGCGUCCACGGCAACCCAUCCACCUAUCACCAUCAAAGCCCUGCAGCGCGAGGCGCAGCCGGCGAGGGCGAAGAUGGCUCUGGCCCCGGCGCCGGUGCCCAAGAUCAAGGGGGCGCUGGCGGCCGAGGCCUUCACGGCGUGUGAGCUCGAGGUGGCGGAGCAGCUCAUCCAACUCAGCGAGAGCAGCGCGUCCUCGGGCACCCCGGGCGGCGCCCAGCGGGCCCCCGUGGGCUCCGGCGGCUCCUACUCCUCGCGCUCUGUGGAUGCCCCGCCGGCGCCGGCCCCGGCCCCGGCCGUAGCCCUGGGCGGUUGCGUCGACUGGGAGGAGGAUGAAGAGCACGAGGUUGCCGGGAGGCAGCGCAGGGUGAGGCGCUACCGGCUGAUCGUGGAGAUCUAUGCCGUGACGGAGGAAACUGGAGGGCGCACCGGCCGGAAGAACAAGAAGAAGUAGACGACGAGAUAUAUAGAGGGAGGAACCUCCUUGUAAUUAUCGUAAUUGCUGGGGGGUAGCUUGUAGUUCGAGCUCGCAGUCCUCCCUCCUUCCUCCUGGCCGUGGAGGACUAGAGGAGUCACCAUCGAUCUCGCUUGUAAAAGGUUCAUCUUCUCAAUAAGACUUGCUUUGGUUGGAGCUC